AUGUGGAAGCUAACUCUAUCUGCAGCUUCUACCUCCAGGCUGAUGUGUUACUAUAACAGCAAAGCAGCAGACAGACCAGCUAUGGGGAAGUUCAGAGUUUCAGAUAUUGAUCCAGACAAGUGCACCCAUCUGAUUUUUGGCUUUUCUGACAUAAUUGAAAAUGAGCUGGUUCCCACAACUGUAAAUGAUGUUCAGCAGUACUUUGGGUUUAAUGCACUCAAACAAAGAUUCAGGACAAUGGCGGGAUCACAAAAGAACAGAGAAGUGUUCAUCCAGUCUGUAAUCAGACUACUCAGAGCAUUCAAUUUUGAUGGGCUAGACGUAGACUGGAGGUACCCAGCUGAAGAGGACAAGCAGAGAUUCACAGAGCUUUGCAAGGAGCUGGAAACAGCCUUUGUCGAUGAAGGAACUUCAAGUAACCAGGAAAGAUUAAUCCUUGCAGCAUCUGUCUCUGCUGAGAGGUCAACCAUCGAUGCUGGCUAUGAAGUGGAAGAAAUUGCCAUGCACCUGGAUUUCAUCAACGUGUUGACGUUUGACUUCCACGGCCCCUGGGAAAGUGUCACAGCACAUCACAGCCCCUUAUUCCAGGGAUCCCAAGACACUGGAGAUGCGAUCUACUCUAACACUGCCUCUGCCUUAGAGUACUGGCGGGACCAGGGAGCACCUGAAGAAAAACUGAACAUGGGGCUUGGAGCUUUUGGACGAGCUUUUUCCCUGUCCUCUAAUUCAAGCGCUGUCGGUGCACCAGCCAGUGGUCCUGGUGAGGAAGGCUGCUACACCGGUGAAGAAGGAUUCUGGGCCUCUUAUGAGACUUGCCUUUAUCUAGAUGGGGUACAAAACCAUUUUAUUUCUGAUCAGAAAGUUCCAUAUGCCACAACAGAAAAUCAGUGGGUUGGAUUUGACGACACAACCAGUAUAAAUACCAAGAUCAAUUACCUCAAAGCAAACAAAUUCGGAGGGGCCUUUGUCUGGUCUCUGGACCUGGAUGACUUCAGAGGAGAGUUCUGUAACCAGGGAAAGUGCCCAUUCGUUACCCAACUGCAUAAUCUGCUUGUACCAGCUGUCUCCCUGCCGGGGGUGUGUUUUCCGGGAGGAGGAGGGGCUCGCUUUCUCUCCCCACUCCUCAUCAAGAGGAGUAAUCUAAUUGGCUCUCUAUUUGAGGCAAUGCCCCUUGGACCGCCUCCUAAAUUUCUCAAGGGCUUCCAGCCUAACCUGGCUGUCAAAGAGUUAACAUCGUCUCCAAACCCAGAAAGCGCGCUUAUUCCUCACAAAAGCUAA